GGCAAGUGCCCUGGUUAAGAUGGCUGCCAAAAGUUUUGCUUUCCGCCUCAGGGGCUCCCGGCGCGUUUUCAUUGCCUUCGUGGCCGGAGCUGUAGUGGGCGCCACAGGGGCCGGGUUCACGGCCGUUCAGUUCCUCCGGAGUCAGGGCGCUGAGGCAGCACUGGCGGUGAGGGAGCCCGACGGUUCUGCAGAAAAGGCUCUCUUGGAACAAUUUGGAUUCCCUUUAACUGGAACAGAGACUAGGUGUUACACUAACCAUGCCUUGUCUUAUGAUCAGUCAAAGCGGGUGCCUAGAUGGGUUCUUGAACAUAUAUCCAAAAACAAGAUAAUAGGUGAUGCAGACAGAAAACAUUGUAAAUUCAAGCCUGAUCCCAACAUCCCUGCAACCUUCAGUGCCUUCAACGAGGACUAUCUUGGAAGUGGGUGGUCACGAGGACACAUGGCUCCAGCAGGAAAUAACAAAUUUUCAUCUAAAGCCAUGGCUGAAACAUUUUACCUUUCUAAUAUUGUGCCUCAGAAUUUUGAUAAUAAUGCUGGAUAUUGGAACAGAAUAGAAAUGUACUGUCGAGAACUGACAGAGAGGUUUGAAGAUGUUUGGAUAGUCUCUGGACCAUUGACCUUACCUCAGACUGGAAGUGAUGGAAAGAAAACAGUUAGUUACCAGCUGAGGUCAUCCAUGUGCUUUCUCUGGUGUGCCUGUUUCAAGAAGAUAUUGAUUCCAGACAAGUGAAACAUACCUGAAGAUUCUGGCCUGAAUAUGAUAAUUGACCUGACAAGAAUCUCUUCAGACACUGAGUCAACAUGAAGGCCCAGCUCUGUGUGUGUGGAGUUGGGGAAGCGAGAAGCAAAUCGUCAUUUCUGCCUCUUGGAUGCAGCGAAACAAGCUCAGGCCAGCAUGUACGAAAACUAACUUCAGGUCACGAAUGAGUGCCAGCUUUAUGGCUGUUAUAUAUAUUGUGUUUUCCAGUCACUCCCAGUUGAUUUCCAGUUUUUGUUACAAUCUUGACAAGAGUUCAGUGCUUUUUGGUAAUUUAACAGCAGCAAAGAUUUCCUUUGUAAUGUAUUUUUAUACCUAAAUCUUAGAUGAAAAGAGUUGUUAUUGCUUUACUGAUACUAAAGACUUGGUUCAUAUUAAGCCCUCAUAUCCUUUGUUCAGCGCAUCAUUUGUAUCCAACCUGCUUUCUCCUCCUGAUACCUUAUUGUCUACCUUUAACUGGUCUAACCUUGCUUGAUCCCGUGUUUCCCCACUCUCCUUCUGCAAAACCAUCUUUUCUACCAAAUGAAAUUGCAUCCGUAUCUUUUGAAUGGCAUUCAUUACAAAAAUAGCUUUUUACAUAGGUCUUGCAGAUUUUAAAGUCUUUUUUUUUUUGUAACUAAUAUGUCUUUGUAUCUUCAUAACUAUUCUUGAGCUAGACAGCAUGGGGAUUGCUAUUACCUAUUUUAUGAAUGAAGAAAGAAGAUACUGGUGGAUGUGACUUGCAGCUUAGUGGCAAAGCCAGACUUGACCAGGUCUCUGGGGUGCCAAUCCACUUAACCAUUCUGCCCCAGUACCCUAGUAGUCUCUAGAAACAUUUUCUGAAAGUCUUCCAGUUUUCCCAAAAUUGAGAAAAAUUUAUUAUGUAGGUUGAGUUGUCUACAAAGAAGAAGAUAGCUCUAAGAUAUUUUAGGAUUUUUUUUUAAGUCUUAAAUUCAAGGAAGAAACAAUAGGUUUUUUGAAUUUCCAAAUAGGACUGGUCCCUAUAUUAGACAGGUUAAAGAUAUUUACUUCCUGAGAACAGAACAGACUGAAUCAGAGAAGAUAGUGAGUGGCUAAGUUUUCGUUUUUCUCUUUAUUUCUAGGGAUAGUAUUUACCCCUCUUUGUUGAAAUAUUGUGAGAGGGUCAUGGGUGGAAGAAUCACACUUUGUAUUCUUAGUAGGAAUUUCUGUGUCCGUGAGGUUUCUCAGAAGUAACAAUGGAGGCCCUCUAGCCAUUGUGAGAGUUUUUGAAAACCUAAUAGAAAUGGGACGUUUCCAUGAGGUAAAGCCGUGACUCUUAAAAUGUCAAACUUCUUUACUUUUGGCUGGAAUUUAAUCAACCUGAUUAGAAGCCCUGGUUGGCAGCAGAUGGGCAUGACCAAUUCAUUAUUUUUGAAAAUUU